AUGCAAAUCGACCAAAAAAAGGCAAAAAUCAAACUGACCAAAGUCGCCUCCCACCCAACUCCCCAACACAACCUUUUUUCCCGCACAACUUCUAAACGGCUGACCACUAUUGCUCUUCCCUCUCUCAACUGCGGCGGCCGUGCUCUCCCCGCCAUGCCUCGUCGCACCAAGACGCGCUCCCCCGCCGCCGCAAAGCACAUAUCCCUCUCCGCCUUCGAUUUUCGCGGAGACGAGGCCGAAAAGGCCCGCAUCAACCUCCAGCACUCAGCCCGAUCUCGAAAGCGAAAGCGCUCCGUGCUAGGCCUACAUCACGUCGACGCCCCUGAACCGCAACCGGAGAUAAUUCUUGAAGAGCCGCUGGAGGAACCGCAGCCGGUUCAGAAGAGGCGUACGCGGGUCAGCGCACCGGCCAAACCGACUUCUGCUCGCCGUGGGCGCACGCCGAAGAAAGUGAGUAAGGGAAGGAGUAGGGUAAGCAGGAGCAGGGCGGCGGCUGACGAUGACGGAGUAUCAGCCGGUGGUGGUGCGGACGCGUCUCUCGACGAUGCUGCCAACAAGGCAGACUCGACAGAGCGCACUCUUGCACACUCACCAGAGUCGCCUCAAGAUAUGUUUGUGGAGCGACAUGUAGGAGCCGAAAACGAUUCAUCUGGGAGGCGGCGUAGUCUGCGUCGAUUUAAACCCACUCGCAAGGCACUUCAGGCCGUGUUUGAAUCCAAUUCAAGGAGACGGAGUCCGUUUCGGAAAGGGGGUCGCCUGAAAGAGCAACCUAGUGCACAGACACCGGCAUCCAAGAAGGAAGUGCACACGGAAACAAAAUCUUCCGAAGCUGGGGCAGGUGAGAGCGAAACGGUGGGAGGGAAACUGAGAGAUCGCAGAGCACCUGAUGACGCUGCCGUGGAGCAGGAAUCAUCAGGCGAUGACAUCUUUAAACCGCCGUCGACUUUGGGGGCGGGAAGAGUGCCGCAGGAUUCUGAGUCCGUGAUGUCUACACCUGUCAAGCUGCGCGUGCGGAAGGAACCGCAGGCGCCACAUGAAGAACACCCAGUUGAGACAGAGGUCGCUGUGGAGGCAGAAAUGCCUCAAACAAAACCCAAGCCUGAGAAUCCGGAGCCUCUUAAACCUACACCAAAACCCGCUAACAAACAGAGAGACGAAAAUGAGCCAAAUGCACAUGGUGAUGCAGAGGAACAGUUGCCCAGUAGCCCGGUUGAGGGUACAUCAGCUGGAAAUGCGAUCGAGAAGACUGCCGAAGUAACAAAGCAAAAGGAAAUUUCGGUGAAAGCUGCGCAGCAAGAGAGUAAGUCUCCUGACAAAGCCGAGCCAAAGCUGGAAGCUCAGGACGAGAGCAACGUCUUGCCAUCACCCCAAAAGCGUUCCAGUGCUACCGGUGAAGAUGCCUCGGAGUUGAAAGGCACGACCAGUAAAUCUUCCCCCGCUAAGCGUGUGAGAUUCAUCGAACCGCAGCGCGCAAAUCGGUCCGUGCGGAUGAAUUUGCACAGCUUCAUGAAACGAAAGAGGAGACAUGAAAGGGUGAGGGCACCAGAUGUUGCAGUUGUACCCUCUGCACGCAGCGGGCCGGAUGAGAAGAGCCGCCAGGUUCUUCUUGACGAGCUGCAAUACGUGCUCGAUGGGAUUUUCAAGUACGCAGGACGGAAGGAUAAGAAGCCGGCAACUGUCUCGCUCAUCAAGAAUUCUUUGCAAGAACUUACCCAGCUUUUGCUCCGCAAGCCAAACAGGCCGAAAGCAGAUGAAGACACCCAAUUGGAUGAUGACUGUGGCGUUGUCCUACAGAUUUUAGCCACUCAACCUGCCUUAUUGAAGAGUAUCGUGGUUGGCCUCUUUAGGAUUCUGGGGAUGUCUCGAGCUGUUGAUCUGCUGGUGUCCUUAGUGUUUGUAAUCAUGUUUCGAUCAACAGUUAGAAUCCUUGACGUAGAGGAAAAUUUUCUUGACUCUCUCAUCGCUGGAUUUCUACGAAAUGGCGCCGAAAGCCUAAAGCAGGUGAGUGUUGCUGGUACUGAGUCAGAGCACAAGCACGGAAGAAAUAUUUCGAAAUCAGAAGCACAAGGAAGAAAUGCUUUUGGUCGUAGGUUGAGUGACAACAAGAAGGAUGAAAAGUUCCUGGCUCACGUGAACGAAGUCAUUCGAAAAGCUGGAAUCAAAGAUGAAGACUUUGAGGGUUUCAACUGCGAACCAGAUGGCUCCGCUCAUCUCAUGGCAUUAGCACUCAGUCUAUUGCUGGAAGGACACGACAAGGCAAGAGAGUGGAUGCGGAAUAACCAGCGGGUACACAAAGUCGUCGCCGUGUUGUACAGUUGUCAGAAGGCGCUGCAGGGAAAGUCGAAGCAGUCAAGCGAUUCUCAGGAGUCAGACUCUCAGCUUCAGGCAGAAGAAUUCGAGGAGCACGUCGCGCUAUCCCUAGUAACUGCGUCGGCCAUGAGAGUUCUCGAGUUUUCGACGCUUGAUCAGGCCUGCCGUCUCCGUGUUGCUACCGAGAGCCGUAUCUGUCGCGUGAUCCUCGACUUCAUAGCGAGUGCGUGUGCGCUUGAGGGGGGUGUCGUCAGUGCUGAUCCGUUGAUAUGCCAAGCUUUGAGGCUUGCUAUCAACCUUGCUCACGACUGCAAGCCUGGUACACAGGAAUUUGUAAAGCAAGGAGGUCCACAGGUUGUGCUCGACUGCCUUGCUUCGGAGUGCAUUGGGGCAGGUUUGAUAGAGGGAAGCAAUCCAGAAAGUGAAUCCGAAGAAGCCUUUGAUGUUCGUGUGCUUUGCCUCGCUUUUCUCAUCAGCAUCCUUGAUAAGGAGGACGAAGUGCGGGAGGGAUUCAAGAAGCUCUGCGCUCGCGACGUACCUGAAAGAGAGGGCGGAGCGAUUACGUUGGUGUUGGAAUUGCUGAAGAACGUUGGCAAGAAGCAGAUCGAAAAGAUGGAGGCCAAAAAUCGCGAGAAGACGGCAACAGAAGAAGCAGCGAAAAUCAAACGAGGGCUGGAUCGGUCAAGUGAAGAUGAGGUAGAAAACGGGGGAGCAAUGGAGGAAAAGAUCACGACUGGGUACAUAUGUCUGCUGCUCGGAGCGCUCGCGCAUGACUGUGAAGGUAACAAGGAGUUCAUGAAGGCUGCGCUACCGCAACAAUCAAUGCUUGGAGUGGCGGCUGUAUUGAAGGAGUUUUUGGACUUUCAUCACGAGGUGGGGGUGACGUCGGUGGCUAUGGACGAGAGGUAUCGGUCAAUUAUUUCAAAUUUGGUCAAGGAUGCAGAGUUGUCGAUUCCAUCGUUGAUGCAAUCGAGUAUGGAUGAGGACGGUGACGAAGAGGAAUGCACGGUUGAGGACAUGGAGGGGGUGAAGAGUAGAGGGACAUCGACAAACAAGGUUCCGGAGGGGGAAGAGGAUGGAAAGGAGACAGAAAAAAAAGGGAAGGAGGGCACUGGUGCAUCUGCGGAUGUCGAUGCGAACAUGAACGAGGUUGCGGUGGAGGGUAAGCAGGUCGCUGAAGAAACAAAAUGGGAGAGCGACGGCGGCGAUGGUCCAGUUGCAGGGAAAGACGUGGUCAAAGUGAGCGAGGGUGGAGAGAAAGAUGGCAACUCGGAGAUGGAUAAAACAGAUGCAGAUACUUUCGGUCGCAGUUCUGCGGGACGGAAUAAGAAAGGAAUGUGA